AGCGCAACCUCCCGUCCCCGCCGCCUCCUCCCCCUGUCCCCGUCCCCGCCGCCAGCCGCUCGGGGUGACUUUGCGAAGAGGGGCCGGGCGAGCGAGGGGGCUGGAGGGCGGCCGAGGAGGGGGCCGGAGCGGAGAGUCCUCUUGGUGCCCGUCCGUCCCGGGAAGCCGCGAGCGCUUUCCCCAGCUGUGGCAGCAACGUGUGGAGUGAACCUUGCUGGGAUCCCCCGCGACACUCUCUUUGAAGGGUCGGAGCUGACAGGAGUUUGUCUUGAGAUCCUGUGAAACGCUGAAGACUUUCCCACUUGCCGGGGGGGGAAUUCUCCUGGGGAAGGAACGCUUGUGGGCCACUGGCCGUGUCAUCGUGCCCAGCCUCAAGGAAAGGGGAAAGUCUGCGUUGAUCCUGAAUUGAGGUUUGACAAGACUGGGUCGAUAUUCUAUGGCUGGUGCCCCUUAUUCAGCCCUUAUGUGAGUCCUUCACCUUGGACCAGGCCCGUGGAGCGUGCCCGCUAUGGCGAGUAACAGCAGCUCCUGCUCCACGCCAGGGAGCGGGCAUCUCAACAGCUACUCGGUACCGCAUUAUGCUUUCUUCUUUCCGCACAUGAUCGGGGGCCUCUCGCCGCCAGGGGCCCUGCCAGGGAUGCAACAUCAGCUUCCGGUCAGCGGGUACAGCACGCCAUCACCAGCCACUAUUGAAACACAGAGUACCAGCUCAGAGGAGAUUGUGCCCAGCCCUCCUUCGCCCCCCCCUCUGCCCCGAAUCUACAAACCCUGUUUCGUGUGCCAGGAUAAGUCGUCCGGCUACCACUAUGGGGUCAGUGCCUGCGAAGGAUGCAAGGGUUUCUUCCGACGCAGCAUCCAGAAGAACAUGGUGUACACCUGCCACCGUGACAAGAACUGCAUCAUCAACAAAGUGACGCGAAACCGUUGUCAGUACUGCCGCCUGCAGAAGUGUUUCGAAGUUGGCAUGUCCAAGGAGUCCGUCCGGAAUGACAGGAACAAGAAGAAGAAAGACACUCCAAAGCCGGAAUGCUCAGAGAGCUACGUCAUCACUCCGGAGGUGGAGGAUCUCAUCGAGAAAGUGCGUAAGGCCCAUCAGGAGACCUUCCCGGCCCUGUGCCAGUUGGGCAAGUACACCACGAAUAACAGUUCGGAUCAGCGGGUGUCUCUUGACAUUGACCUGUGGGACAAGUUCAGUGAACUGUCCACAAAGUGUAUCAUCAAGACGGUUGAAUUUGCCAAGCAGUUGCCAGGUUUUACCACGCUCACCAUCGCUGACCAGAUCACGCUCCUCAAAGCAGCCUGCCUCGACAUCCUGAUCCUGCGGAUAUGCACACGCUACACCCCGGAGCAGGACACCAUGACCUUCUCAGACGGCCUGACGCUCAACCGCACUCAGAUGCACAACGCGGGCUUUGGGCCCCUCACGGACCUGGUCUUUGCCUUUGCCAACCAGCUGCUGCCGCUCGAGAUGGACGAUGCAGAGACGGGCCUUCUCAGCGCUAUCUGCCUCAUAUGCGGGGACCGGCAAGACCUGGAACAGCCGGACCGCGUGGACAAGUUACAGGAGCCGCUACUGGAGGCCCUGAAAAUCUACGUGAGGAAGCGAAGGCCCAGCAAGCCUCACAUGUUCCCCAAAAUGCUAAUGAAAAUCACAGACCUGCGAAGCAUCAGCGCAAAGGGUGCUGAACGGGUGAUCACGUUGAAGAUGGAGAUCCCUGGAUCUAUGCCGCCCCUCAUCCAGGAGAUGUUGGAGAACUCUGAGGGCAUGGACACUUUGGGGGCCCCAACGGGGGCCCCCUCCCGCAUAGGCAGCCUAGCCCCACCUCCCGGCAGCUGUAGCCCCAGCCUCUCUCCCAGUUCCAACAGAAGCAGUCCUGCCACGCAUUCACCAUGACCAUUCUAGCCACCAGGACAAGCUGUGUGACCCCCCCAACCCCCGCUACACACUUUGGUCUUUUGUUCCCCGGGAAGCCCGGACACAUGUUUGAGGAUCAAGGGAAGGGGUAGGGGGAAGCAGCAGGGCGGCAUGCUGCCUCAAGCAUCUCUCCCAACACCCUCCCGGUAUCACAUGGUUGUGGUCAGGCCUGAGGGGAGGGGGGGCAGGCUCUAUGUACCUGUUCCAUACCAGCACACUAUCUUUUUGUUCGACCGUUCCAAGAAAAAAACAAAAAACAGGGUUCUGCUUGCUAUAAAGACCCGAUUUUUCCCCACUGGGGAGGCACAGUUCACAUGCAAGGAGUUCUGAAUUCUCUGAAGACAGACAGACACGUAGACCUGAAAGACAGACGCUCAAAACCCAGGAGUGAGACUUUGAGAAGGAAAAGAAAAAAAGAAACCUGAACAGUUAUGGAAAAACUCACCUCCUUUGUGGCACGCACCCCCUGCCCCCCACUCUUCCCUUCACCCUGUUGUGAGCACACACACACCUCCAAGAAGGGGUUGCCGCCGCCGGCUUCAUGUUGCAGUGAAAAUGAAGUGGUGUUUUCUCUGGCUGUUUGCUUUUCAGAUGUUUCAGGGGGAAAGGUUGUAAUGUUUUCUGUUUUGUUUUGUUUUUUAAUUGCUCAACCCUGUUUUUGUCCUCGAAGUACCCAAACUCCCCAACUCCGUGUCCUCUCACACACGCCUAAAAAUGUCACCAGCAAAUAAAAGACAAAAAUAAAAGUAAAAUUAGUUCUUCAGGUUAAAAAAAAAAUACACAGAACAAAGGAGGGA